AUCACCUCCAGACUUUUAUUCCUCUCCCUUUUUUUUUGUUGUUGUCUUUGCAUUUGGGCUCAAAUAAUGCUGAUGUGUGCUAUAAUAGACGAGAAAGUACCAAAAAUAUCAGUACUUCCUACUUUUUACGGAUCAGUUUAAGGAAUUUGUAUUUUACCUGAAACAUUUCACCCAGUCUUAUUUUAAUAAUUAAAAAAUUAAUUAUAUUUGUGCCACAGCUGUUUUGAAUUCUCAAUUCUGAUUGGUCAGAAGGUGUUGAUUAAUUUUCUAUAACAGCAGCUUUGACAGUAAUGCUGGCUGUAAUUCAAAUCACAGGUUUUUAUUAAUGAUCUUGUUCUAAUACAUUAUUGUUUCUGAAAUAACUCAUUCGCAGGGAAUUGUGAGCAGACACUCUAUAAACUACGGAAGCCUUAAGAGAUACAGGAGGAGUCAGAGAUGUGGAAGCUGAGAGACAUGGAGCUACAGACCUCGUCUCCUCGUGAAUCAAAGCACAGCUGGAGCACAAGAAGCAGCAUGCACUGUGACCGAUACCUGAAAGAGUCAGAAGGAUCCACGCGUGGCAGGCUUGGAGAAAGAGCAUGUCUUUCUGAGAGAGAUGAGCGAGAGGCUCGGUACUGGACACGAAAACUCUAUGAAUUUGAGGCCAAUGAUCCAGACAGAUGGGGUCAUAGUGGUUUUAAGGAGCUUUAUCCAGAGGAGUUUCAAUCAGACAGAGAGGCAGAUGAUGCUAAACACAGAAGAAACGGCAAGGACAAAAUGUCUGCUGAGAAACAAAAGAAGACCAAGAAAUCCUCCAAGCGAAAGAAGAAGAAAAAGAAAAAGAAGCAGAGGACUGAAGGGUCAGACUCUGAGUCAGACAGCAGCGCGACAGACGGCACCAAAAGGAAGCCGAAGAGGAAGAGCGGUAAAAGCAAACACCGUAGGAAAAAGGCGCACAAACACAAAGCGACGGAGGAGGACAGCAGCACAGACGACAGUGAAUCAGACAGAGGGCAAGAAAAGACACACAGGAAGAGAAGACGCAGAACUGUAAUAGACAAGCAAACAGAGCCCGAAAGGAAAAAAAGGAAGAACUGGAAAGCAGCGAAUGAAGAGAAAUCAGAGGAGAGCUCUGAGGACUGACGUACUCCACCAUGAUCCUCACAGUUCAGUCAGUCAGUCAGUAGUGUUUAAAACAAACAACACCAAUUUGCACCAUUCACUCUGUCAGCUCUCCAUUAGUGUGCAAUCUGAUCUUCAUACCUCACCAACGGGACACUUGAUAGAGCUUUUUUGUAAUUAUGUGAUAUGAUUUUAUAUCAUUUUAAUGAUUUAGACAUGUGGUUGUAUAUGCUUUGUAGUUUUUGUAUACAUUUUGACAAAACUAUUUUUUAAACCAAAACUCAGGUAUUUUAGCCGAAUGGAAGAUAAAAGAAAUGCCCAAGAGCAUUGGGUUUACAAAGAA